UGACAAGCUUGCAUUAUAUAAUGUAGUAGAUUUAACAUACAGUGUUUCUCUUGAAACUUCUGUGUAACAAAUUUUGACGGUUGUAAUGAGUUAAAUUUUACAACAUGCUGAUUGUUGUUGGUUACCUUCUCUUGUUUGGUGCGUUAUGCGUGUCUGGCCAGAUAAAUACAACUUCUGAAGAAACUAAUGUUGUGUCUGAUGAGACGGACAAUGGCUCGAAAAUAUCUAAUAUCAUCGACACUUUAGGUGACGUUCCAGAAAGACUUCUACUUAAUAAAUUGGCGCAGGGAGCUUUAAGAUUGAGACUCCCUGUUUUUUCACCAGUGUCAACUCUUUUCAAUAGAGAUUCUCAAAACAUGGACACUUCCCUAAACACCAAUGAAAAACGAUUAUGGCAAGGCAAAGAUGACAAUGAAAAACGUUUAUGGCAAGGCAAAGAUGACAAUGAAAAACGAUUGUGGCAAGGCAAAGAUGACAAUGAAAAACGAUUAUGGCAAGGCAAAGAUGACAAUGAAAAACGAUUAUGGCAAGGCAAAGAUGACAAUGAAAAACGAUUAUGGCAAGGCAGAGAUGACAAUGAAAAACGAUUAUGGCAAGGCAAAGAUGACAAUGAAAAACGAUUAUGGCAAGGCAAAGAUGACAAUGAAAAACGAUUGUGGCAAGGCAAAGAUGACAAUGAAAAACGAUUAUGGCAAGGCAAAGAUGACAAUGAAAAACGAUUAUGGCAAGGCAGAGAUGACAAUGAAAAACGAUUAUGGCAAGGCAAAGAUGACAAUGAAAAACGAUUAUGGCAAGGCAAAGAUGACAAUGAAAAACGAUUUUGGCAAGGCAAAGAUGACAAUGAAAAACGAUUAUGGCAAGGCAAAGAUGACAAUGAAAAACGAUUAUGGCAAGGCAGAGAUGACAAUGAAAAACGAUUAUGGCAAGGCAAAGAUGACAAUGAAAAACGAUUAUGGCAAGGCAAAGAUGACAAUGAAAAACGAUAAUGGACAGCUGUAAGAGAUACCAAUUUUUAAUUUUUAAAAUAAAACACAGUUUUAUUUAGUUUGAUCUUAUAACUACAAAUAUAAUAAAUUCAUGAUUACAAAUUA